AUUAUCACAUGGGAGUGUUUUCCUUCUCCUCUGCCGACACAGUUGUCCCUGGGUGGCAGUGCUAAACCGUAGCCACUGUGAAAAUACAAGUUAUUGAUAGAACAAACGGCUCUCAGUCUGUAGACAUCGACGCAGAACGGAAGAAAAGAAAAGAAGAAUGGAUAGUGUCUUUCGUUUGUUAUGACCUUGUUUCAUUUCCUGCCACUUCGGCAUGGAGACAGCGCUGUCGGUAUUCGCCAAACCUCCUCGCACCGUCUGGUCUGAACCGGUUCGGAUGUGCGCGGUCUCGUGCGCACUGCAGACUCCACGCACGCACUGAUUCGCGCAGCACUCCGCGCCCUCUUCUGGCUCCGUGUAGAUCGCCCUCAUUGGUUAGGAUGGUCGCGGCCCGCCCACUUCUUCCGCGUGCUGUUUGGACAAUGAGUAAGUUUCCGAGUUGCGAUUGGUUAAUGCCCCUCGAAAACUUUUAUUUUGGGGCAGGCCCCGUUUAUUGUGCACGGGCACGCGGAGAACUGGAGUUGUAAACGAAGCUCGUGCACUUUUCAGCACCAAAAACUCGUGGACAGCAGCCAAACGGAGGAGAAGAGGGUAACGCUAGUCGCUGUGGGUUAGCUUAUUGUAAUAAACCGACGAUUUAGCGGUUUGCAACGCCAUACAGCCGCUGCGAUCGCGGGAAAACUUCAUUGGUAGUUUUGAGUCGGCAAGGGACGACAUAAAGCGGCACAGCUUGCGCUUUGUUCGCCCUGGCGGACAAAUCGUGCCGAGAGCUGGAUAACGCUUGAAAGAGACAAGUUUCUGCGGGUAAACAUACCGUUAUUUUCGGCUCGCUUGUGUCGAAUUUGCGCGGUCUGGUUUCAACUAUCUGCACCUCGGGAAGACUAAAUGGCUGCAGAUGAAGGGAAACAAAGGUGAUAAAGAAGAUUAUCCAUCGGUCCAGACAACGGUUGAGCCGUGGUCCUGUGUUUAGCCACAUAGCAACCUGCUCGUGCUGCUAGCCACCGAGCUCUCCAUUGUGUGAGCAUCUGUGUGCCAUUGCACUGCCGCCAGACUCCCGAAUCACUCGCUGCCACCACACACCUGCUACAACGGUGUGUUUUCAGACGGAUUUGGUUUUUUACUUUUUGAAUCCACGCAUCUGAUAUGUGUUCUCGGGUUUGGUUCGUGACCGACCGGCGUAUCUGCCAGGAGUACCCCCAGGUUCAGAUCCUCCGGGCGCUGAAGGAGCACUGCGCCGACGAGGAUGUUGAAUUCCGCUCGCUCCUCAUGGAUCAAAUCGUGCUAACGAUCAGCGAGGGGCAAUUAGGUCUGCGAGUGGAGCAAGAAUUGGUGACAUCUUAUCCACAGGUGGUGGUGGUACGGGUGCCCACGCCGUGGGUGCAGUCAGAUAGUGACAUCACUGUGCUGCGCCACCUGGAGAAGAUGGGCUGUAGGCUGAUCAACCGUCCCCAGGCUAUACUCAACUGUGUCAACAAGUUCUGGACCUUUCAGGAGCUGGCGGGCCAUGGAGUGCCUCUUCCCGACACCUUUUCUUACGGAGGGCAUGACAACUUCCGUAAGAUGAUUGACGAGGCAGAGCCACUGGGCUACCCUGUGGUGGUGAAGAAUGCACGUGGCCACAGAGGCAAGGCUGUGUUCCUGGCACGGGACAAACACCACCUGACAGACCUGUGCCACUUGAUCCGCCACGAUACCCCCUACUUGUUUCAGCAGUAUGUCAAGGAGUCGCAUGGCCGCGACGUCCGGGUGGUCCUGGUCGGCGGCCGUGUCAUCGGCUCGAUGCUACGCUGCUCCACUGAUGGUCGCAUGCAGAGUAACUGCUCCCUGGGUGGUGUCGGUAUGAUGUGCCCGCUGAGCGAGCAGGGAAAGCAGCUGGCCAUAGAAGUGUCCAACAUCCUCGGCAUGGAUGUUUGUGGCAUUGACCUGCUGCAGCUCAAUGACGGCUCGUUUGUGGUCUGCGAGGCAAAUGCCAAUGUGGGCUUCAUCGCCUUCGACCAGGCCUGUGGCAUGGAUGUGGCGGGCAUUGUCGCCGACUACGCCCUGUCGAUGCUCCCCAGCCGCCUCACCCGUAAGAUGUCCUUGUUGUCCGUCGUUUCGAGCACCAGCGAGACCAGCAGUGAGCCUGAGGUGUGCCCUGUGCCCACUGGCGGUGGCUCGCUUCCCGAGGCCGUGUGCAACAUGAGCGUGGGUUCUACUUCCAGCGAGAGUGACCCUGAGCUUGCCGAGCCCUCCCAGUCCUCGCCCCGCCAGUCCACAGCCCCCACCCUGCCCGAUCUCCCCGACCUCCCUGACGCAGCCUACAACUUCAACACCCUUCUCGCCAAUGAGAUCAAAUUAUUGACUGAGUAAGAUUCAAGCAGCUUCAUGCACACACAAACAUCACAAAUGCAUAUUAAUACACACACACACACACACACACACAGACACACACACACACACACACACACACACACACACUAUACGCAUGGCAACAGACAUUCCUUUUAUAAACGCAUAUCAAUCCAAAAACUAUUAAAACAGGAUGUUAAAUGCAAAACGAGCAGAAAAACACAACACACAUACAAAAACAGCCACAGAAAUACAAACACCAAAACAUGAGCCUUCUCUUACUAACUCCCUUAAAAAUAACAAAGAUCUGAGGCUGCUCCCCUGACUCUCCUCGCUUUCCAAACUGCAAACCCCCACUAUUCAAACUUAGCUUACACUGCAGCAUGGUGGCGAGAGUGGGAUAUAGUACAGAAGAGAACUGCCAAUUGGCGUCUCAUAGUUUCUAUUUUGCAAAAUACUGAGGGUGAUGUUUUUUAGGGUGGGUGUGGGAUUCCAAUAAAGGCAUACACCUGUCAUAUUUGUUUCCUUACUAUACCAUAAUAUUUAAAGGAGAAUCUACAGCAUGUUGUCAUAAAAGAGGGGGUUUCCUGCUGAAACUGUAGUACGGUUUGGUGAAUUGGAGGCGAAAUGAAGUGUUUUUUCAAGUGAUUAGCUCCUUGGGAGAGGAAUACAUCCUCAUGCUGGGCACAUUAUACUGACAGUUCCAAUGUAGCAAUGUAGUGCUUCUGUCAAGGACACAGAACAGGAUCUGCAGCAACUGGAGAUGGAGGAAUUUCAUGUCAAAUUUACUGCUAUUCAUAAUGAAAGAUGAAUUCACUACACAUGUCAUAUGUUGUAAAUCCUUCUACAACAGAAUGUAUACGCAAUGUUUUAACUCUUCUAUAAGUAAUAUCCAUUAAAUCCCAAUUUUUAAUGACUAAUAUUAAAAUGUAGCCCGAGCUGCUACAUUGACAGUGAAUAAGAAAAUAAUAAUUUACCUUUUUUAUGCGUAAAUAAGAAUUUUAUCAGCCCAUAGCACCAGAAGAUCAUCCUGAGUGCUGACCCGGUGUCCAUAAAUGAAUUCUCUGUUCACUGUGAAUGAAGCAGGAUGUAAAUGUAAGCAAAACUGCGCUAACCGGUGUGAGUUAGUAGAAAUAACAAAUAGCAUUUCUGUUUUAAGAGUCAAAUCCUGGAAUAUAAAAUUGAAUUGAGUGGCAUGACUCGAUUUUUUUAAAUUUUACAUUCUGAGGUAGCUCGUUUGUUUAGCCUUACCACCAGCAGCAGUUUGCUGCUUUUUAAAAUCAAUUCAAUGUCUAGCACUUUACCAUAAACAGAUGUAUUUUUUUUCUCGCUCAGAUGACAUAUUUAGGAAACACGAGACAGAGUGUGAAAGCUGCGUCUACACCUGCGAACAAAAUAUACCUCAAAACAGUGACUUCUCACUGCCAUAGGAUGACAUAGAUUUUCAAACAUACACUACAUAUCAGCCAGGAUCCUUGUGGUUUUCAAAUGGCCCCUGAUAUACCAGGUGUUCCUUCCCUUUAUGUCUAAGAGCUAAAAAGGUAGUUGUGUAUUUUUUUAUUUGAUUUUUUAGCUUCUUUUGUAAAUAUUUAGGUAGGAAAUUAGCUUAUGUGCAUACUAGUAUACAGCUGGUGAAACUGGAACAGCUGAGAUAACUGCCAACAUUGAAAUUUUCAUAAGUUAAUGUGGACAAACACGUUUGUACAGACCUGCAAUAUUGAAAGGUUGAAACUGAAAUCUGGUGCUAACAUUUAUGGAUUUGGUUAGAUGUGUCAUAUGAUUUGUAGAAUUUAUUUUUACGUUUUCACCUUGUUUUUUGUUUUUUUAUAACAAUGACGUAUCCUGACCCUCAAAAUAUGUUGGCAUGAUGUACAAAUAAAAAAUGGUAAUUAUAUUUUUGCAGUCUCUUUGAAUAGAAUGCUACUUUUUCUUUUCUUAGAAAAGAAAGGGAAAAACAAAAUCCAGGGAUUUCAGUGGCCAAGAGCUUAUUGCUUACGGUGUUUCUUCCUGUUGAUUAACCUCCUGUUUGCCUUCUGAAAUAAGAAAGAGAGGUAGGGUAUGCUGGGGUAAAUGCCAUUCAUUAGGAAUAAUUUACAGCUCUGAUCAAAAGCACAAAUGUAAACCCUAAGUUGUUCUACGUAGUGACGUCGAUGUUUUUAGACUCAUAACUCUUUCUGUUGAACACAACUCAGGGAAGCAGCCUGGAUCUCACCCUUGACCCCCAAAGGCACGACAUAUCCAUCCGAGCUAGAGACAUGUCAAAAACAUUACACAUAUCUACAGGCAGACAAAAAGAUACACAAACAACAAAGAAAAAAAGGUUGUAAACUACAGUAUAAGACAAUGUGGUGUAUACCAAGGUUAACAUGCACCUUUUUUCCUUGCUUGUUUUAUAUUGUUCCUUGUUUUCUUCCUAAUUUAUGGUCUUUUUAAAGAAAAAAGUGGUUUGUGUGCACUAAUGUCUCAAUAAAGUGAAACCGCUGUGAAGCUUAAUUUUAUUUUUCCUCUUUUGUGGGCCGAAUUUACUAACUGCCUGGAAUCUAACAGGGGCCUGCUUGAGGGUGCCAAAUCUAAACCCGCCAGACAACAGGAAAAGUGGCUUUUGUUUUAAGUCUGCCGUCAAGUUAUCACAGUGGCUCCACUGAGAGGAUAACAACAUUUAACAUUACUGUGAUGAUGUUGUCCGAUAUCCAUAUAAUGAAAGUAUCUGACAAACAAACUGUGAAAUCCGCUGAUGUCCACUCUCCUGACAUGCAAGGGCCGGUGGCCUUGAUCAUCAACAAGUCCCACCCCAACAAAAAAGCUUAUAUGAGUGAACUAUCUCCAGUUGUUGUUUGUCCCCUAUUUUUUCAAGUCUUCGUCUUUUUAUUCAAGCCUGUGUCAUUCUACAUUGUGUCAGUGUAAAUCAAAGAUCACACAUCCUUUCAAGACAUUAACAAGCCAGCCAUAGAAAGAGUGAAAUGUUCAUAUCUCUCUUACAGCCCUGUUAUUUAAAUCUGUAGUUUACACACCAUCCAUAUGCACACAGAGCACAUUUAGCCAUUUCAGGUUCAUUUUAUUGUGCCCCAACAAUUUUCACAAUGCCUUUUCAUUGCCUGGCUUCCUCUGGGAGCAAUGAUUUGAGGAUCAUAGUCGAGUCAAGAUCCCAGUUCAGGUGGGUUUCUUCUGCUUGGUAUUUGUAGAUCAGUGGCCGUGAUACAAGGCAUGGAGCCUACUGAACGAAACGGGCACGGCAUGCUAGUAGUGACACAGGGAAGGAAGAAAAACGUGUGUAAAUCAUGAAAUGAUGGAAAGUGUAUUGCCCUGUGGUGCUUGGCCAGCCUGGAACAAACAUGUAAGGACCUUUUGGACUAGUCACUGUGUACAACAACACAACAGAGCACAAGGUUACUAUUUAAUUACAAACUGCUGCUAAUGUAUAUUUAGCUCGAAAAUUAAAAAGGGAAUAUGCGGAAAAUCCAUGUGUUUCCAUGUUUUGCUGCCUCUCGACACAUGAAAAUGAAUCUGAAUGCCAAAAAACAAACAUUUUGUUGUAUAAUUCAGUACUAGUGACACUAGUAGUGAGAUGAUUUUAAAAGUGAUUCUUUGUUUUGAUAUAAUGAAUUAAUGUUUCAGAAUUGUAUAUAAUAUGUAGGAUUUCACAGCAAUCGGGUUCAUUUUAUGUCAAUGUGUUUUAAAAGGAACCUGAGGUUUACUUAAAGGUUUACAACAUACUUUGAUUUGCAGAAUGAAAAUGCAAUGUUUAUGCUCUGUAGAUGAUAUAUAGACAUUAGAUGUCUUUAAUUAUAUCUGCAUAGCAUAUGGUGAAUUGAUGAUGAGGUUCUGGACUGCUAGGUACGAGGUAAGCAAAAACAUUGCAUGAAAAAUGGUUUAAGCAAAUGCCCUCACCAUUAUUCUGUUCUGUAUCAUUCUGACAGUGUUACAAAAUGAAUCCAAAAAUCAUGUAAUUCACAAAUGUGCAAAAUGAUGUAAAUAUAUAUCCCUCUUUUUUUUAGAUUCAAAUAAAGAUGAGUCAUUCAAAA